UUGUCACGCUGUCCUGCCAGGAGGACCUUGAUGACAGCUUUGGUAGAGAGAUAGUGGGACACCACCAAUUCCUUUCAUUUCUCUGCUACCGGGGACAUGACCAUGACCCCUUUUGAUUUUGCUGUAUUGACCGGCCUUGAUGUCGGAGGUUGGCCCAUUCCCUACGACGAGGAUAUGGGUGAGUGGGAGGCCGCCUGGAUGUAUCUGCUUGGGGCUCGCCCACCCGUUGACAGGGUCUCUGGGAGAGUCCGCUAUACUUGGUUCUCCUCCCAUUUCCGGCGGGCUGAGAUGGUGCCCGAGACUCCCGAGGAGACAGAGCAGUAUGCCCGUGGUUUCCUUAUAUUCCUCUUCGGGACUACCCUGUUCGCCGACAGAGGGAACACCAUUGGACUAUACCUGUUGAGCGCUCUAGUCGACCUAUCACAGGUCCGUCGAUAUGACUGGGGUGGCGCUGGCCUGGCUACCCUUUAUUUUUACAUGAGCGUGACCUCCCGUGGGCGGGGCGACUUACUUGGCGGCUACUGGAGAGCCUGGGAGCUAUGGGUGUAUGUAUACUUCCCAUCAUUAGCCCCAGAGCUGGAGGUGGUAGGGAUUCCCGUGAUCCCAUAUUCAUUGAUAUUCGAGGGACCGCACCGGCCGAGACCUCGAGAGACCCUCCCUCGCCUACGGCAGUACUUCGACACCGUGCGACAUUCAGAGAUCACAUGGCAGCCCUGGGCGUCUCUGGAUGACGGCCUCCGACUUCAGUACACCGGGGCAUCGGACAUUUCCCAAUAUAGGGUCCUGCUUGAAGGGCCGGUUGCCAGGGUAUGGUUCCUGGGGGAGCGCUUUCUGCGCCAGGUAUGGGGAUAUCUUUCUCAGGAUAUUCCCGCAGUACCUCCAGCCAGUAUGCGGACUGCUGACAGGCUCUCUUUCUCAGAGGUAGUCGGCGCCAUGCUGGGCAGUGAUGCUUUACUACUUGUUGAGGAGGGGGACUACGCCACUUACCGUCAUAUAUAUUUGAUGCCUCCAUUGACGGAAGCUCGUAUCCCGAUGAUGAGGCCUGCCGGUAUGUCAUCCUCGGGCCAGGCUCAGGCUGCAGGCGCCCCUUCUAGUAGCAGGGCUGGCACAUCCAGGGGUGGGAGUAGACCGGUUCCUCCGACUUCGCCGACUUAUACCCAUCCUGGAUGCCCCCUGUUGAGUAUAUGGAUCAGAUGCCUUCUUGGUCUGGGGGCGGGGUCAUCUCGGCCUUCCCGGGGAACCGGGCCAUCUAGGCCUUUUCGAGGAGCUCGAGGAGGGCCCGUCCGCAGACGUAGGGCUCAUGUUGUGGAGGUGGAGUCUGACGAGGAGGAGGAGGAUGCUGAGGCUACCGACCGUCAGUUCGAGACAUCUGUUGAGGAGGGAGGCUCCGGUUUUGGCUCGGGGAACAGAGGUGAGGCUGAGGAGGAUCCUGAGGAUGACAGCUCCGAUUCUGACGAUGGUGUGGAGGUUGUCCCGCAAAAGAGGACGAGGCGUACUUCUCGUUCCCGCUCCCGAGGACUUUGA